AUGCCCCUGGCUCACGAGGAGGAGGAUGCCGCCAGAGCUCUCCCCGGGAUGCCCCCAGCUCGGGAGGAGGAGGAUCAAUUCUCAGCGCUGACUGAAGUGCUCUUCCGCUUUCUAACAGAGCCCAAGGAGGUAGAAAGGUUUCUGACUCAGCUCUCAGACUUUGCCACCAUGAAUAAGAUCAGCUUGGGUCCCCUGAAAAACAUUGUCAAAAGUAUUCUUCUGGUACCUAAUGGUGCUCUGAAGAGGAAUCUGUCUUCCGAACAAGUCAGAGCAGAUUUUAUUGCUCUAGGCCUCAGUGAAGAGAAAGCCAGUUAUUUUGCAGAACAGUGGAAGGUGAAUUCCCCCACCCUAACACGCCUGGCUGUUGGUCAGACACUGAUGAUUAACCAGCUGAUAGAUAUGGAGUGGAAGUUUGGAGUGACUGCUGGGAGCAGUGAACUGGAAAAAGUGGGAAGUAUCUUCUUACAGCUGAAGCUGGUGAUUAAAAAAGGGAGCCAAAUGGAAAACGUAUAUAUAGAGUUAACUUUGCCCCAGUUCUACAGUUUCCUGCAUGAAAUGGAACGGGUCAAAACCAGUCUGGAAAGCUUCAGCUGAAGCUGCAUGGACCUGACCAGAUGUCUGUCCAGGAUGUUUAAUUUCUCUUUGUGGGCCUGCAGAUCUGCUCUUUCCUGGCUGACUCUUGACACCCCCAUAAGAGAAGACAAGGCUGUGCAAGGAGCAGUGGCAUGAUGGGCCAGAAGGACCCAUCAGUCCUUCAGAACCUGACACUUUGGCAUUUGUUUCAAAGAAGCUACAAGUCCACUCAUCUGGUUUUUUAUACUAUUAUGAGAAAUUGAGGUCAGAAAUAUGUGGAUACUUGUAUUAAAAUAGCAAAGAAAUAAACCCAUUCCCAUCCU